CACCUGCAACAUCAUACUUGUGCUCCAACAAAAACCGUCGCCCACAUACUCCACAAUCCUCUCACUCAACUGUUUUUCUCGAUCACAGUGCUCGCCGGAAACUGACAUUGUCGGUGGAGCAAGCGCUGUCGUCGCCUACGCAGACGAAAAUGCAGCUCCUCCUCCCCCGCCAUAGUUUCCGGCUCAUUAGAGCUUUGUUCUGUGCUACGGCUUUGCUUCAGUGGUUCACGGCGGCGGCUCAGCUCCAACACCGUGUACCGAAUCUACAUUGGCUUCCAGCCACUGCCACGUGGUACGGAAGUCCCGAGGGAGAUGGUAGCGACGGUGGAGCAUGUGGGUAUGGUAAUUUAGUGGAUGUGAAGCCUCUAAAGGCCAGAGUUGGGGCUGUGAGUCCAGUUCUGUUCAGAAACGGUGAAGGGUGUGGAGCCUGUUACAAAGUAAAAUGUUUAGACCAGAACAUUUGCUCCAGACGAGCUGUGACUAUAAUCGUCACCGACGAGUGCCCCGGUGGGUAUUGUUCGAAUGGCAAUACCCACUUCGAUCUCAGCGGAGCCGCUUUUGGCCGUAUGGCCAUCGCCGGCGAAGGUGGGCAGCUGAGAAACCGAGGGGAAAUCCCAGUAAUUUACCGACGGACUCCGUGUAAGUACCCAGGCAAGAACAUUGCGUUCCAUGUCAAUGAAGGCUCGACAGAUUACUGGCUCUCACUGUUGGUUGAAUUCGAGGAUGGGGAUGGAGACAUAGGUGCAAUGCAAAUAAAAGAAACAAAUUCAGGGGAGUGGCUGGAUAUGAACCAUCUAUGGGGGGCAAAUUGGUGCAUAAUUGGUGGGCCAUUAAAGGGCCCAUUCUCGGUGAGAUUAACAACAUUAUCUACAGGAAGAACCCUCUCAGCGAGGGAUAUAAUCCCAAGGAAUUGGUCUCCCAAAGCCACUUACACUUCCCGCCUUAAUUUCUUCUCUUGAUAAAGAAAGAUAGAAGAGAAAAAAGAAGCAGUUAGCAUUGACAAAAGAAGGGUAUAUUUGCUUCCUUUUUGUUUUAUUAUGCCUUAAAGGGGGAGCUUCCCUUCUCUGUAGCAGGAAAAGUAGCCGUUAUCCGUUUUCUUUGAGUAGAAAAAGUGACCGUUGGAGUGCGAAAUGGCAUCCAAUGAAUGAGUAGAGACAGUAGUAGUGAGUGUGGUGUGGGGAUAUUGAAUAUUGAUAGCCCUCUCCAAAGAGGAGAGAGAGCGUGGGUAUUGUAUUGUAUUGUGUUAUUAAUUUCUCAACUUGUUGCUUUACUUUGUUUAAUCAACUUUGGUCUCUUCACUCAAACUAUGCUCAUUUAAAUAGGGCUAUAUACAGCUGGUUUUCAGCUC